AUGGGUAUCGCUUGGUAUUGCGGGGAAGCUCUCAAGUCGAAUGCAUAUCAUAAGUAUUUGAGUCCUCUCUUUCUGUUUGCCAUCUGCCUUCGUGAUACAAUCACCAUUCUACACCCUGAGACCUCUCCAUCAUCAAUCAUGUGUUCUUCCUUCACCACCCAAACGGUUGAUGUUCCGCACCUGGGUGGCAUACGCGCUUCCUACCACAUGCCCUACCCCUACGACUCUUCCAAACCCACCCUCGUUCUCGUGAAUUCCUUCACCACCAAUGCCAAGCUCUACAAUUCCCAAUAUGCCAAUAAAUCUCUAACCGACACCAUGAACUUGCUAGCCAUUGAACUUCUUGGGCACGGCGGGACGAUAGCACUGAAGGUAGACAACUGGACGUAUUGGGAUACUGCGAUCAUGAAUCUACAGGUCAUGGAGAAGUUGGGCAUCGAGAAGGCGUUUGCGUUGGGGACCAGUCAGGGGGGUUGGGUCACGGUGAGGAUGGCGUUGUUGGCGCCUGAUAAGAUCCUCGGCAUCAUCCCCCUAGGGACCUCCCUCUCCGCCGAAACCCCCCAUACAAUCUCCCUGGGCUGCUGGGACUGCCACGCCUUGCUAACCCCCAGUAUCGACUCCUGGACCACCAACACCUCCAGUCCAGACUUCGUCCCCGAUGACUCCUACUGCAACUAUCUGGUUGACAUCGGGUUUGGGGAAAAUUGCGAGAAGGAAGUCAGGGAGUUCUGGGUGAAGGAGAUUAAGGACAAUUAUAGAGGGGAUGAGGGGAGGAGGCGCAUCAGGAUGGCGGCUAUUAACCUUCGAGAUCGGGAUGGGUUGAGGGGACGGUUGUGGGAUGUCAGAUGUCCGGUUAUUUGGUUGCAUGGCACGAACGACGUCGUCUACACCAUCGCUAACGCAAAAGAGGAGAUCAAGCUGUUCGAGAACGCGAAGGCCGCGGAUCUGAUGGUCGUGGAGGGAGGAGCGCAUUUUCUGAGUGCGAGUCAUCCGAAGGAGGUGGAUGAGACGUUGAUCGAGUUUUUAGGGAGGUGGGCUGAUCAAUGA